UUUACAUAUGUGCUUUGUGGUGUAUUAACCGGGCGCUAAACUUCUACUUUUUUACUGACGCCACAUAAAAAAUAAAUUUGUUUUUACUAACAGUGGUUGUGUAUGAGAUAUUCGUAUAACAAAAGAUUGAUUUAAAAAAUGUUUUUUAUAUUAUUAUGCAGGCGACUUAUAAUAAUAAUAAAUUAUUUUUUGUGAACCAAGUACAACUACAGGGUGCGGCAUAAUAGAGAGAAAGAAAGGAUUUUAUGAUAGAGAGCACCUGCAAUAAUGCUGCAGCAAAUUCUGAGGGAUAUGUGGGUCGAUCCCGAAAUUCUUGCGGGACUGGACGAGGAACAGAAGCAAACUUUAUUCUGUAAGAUGCGCGAAGAACAAGUGAGAAGAUGGAAACUGUGGGAGGAAGAAACAAACCAGGAAGAGGAAAAUACUGCUAAAAAGAAGUCUGCAUUACCAAGAAAUAGUAAGUCGGUGUCUUUCAUGCAUGGGGCUGAUGGUGAGCCGUGGGUUUGGGUGAUGGGCGAACAUGAAAAUGACAAAAGCAUAGAUGAAAUCCUUAGAGAAGAAGCGAUCGAAAAAGCUCGUCAGUUGGCAGAACAAGAAACAGUCGAACUUCGAAAGCAAAUGGAAGCGCAAAUACUGUCGGAUUAUAUAAGAUUAAAUUCAAAAAUUGACGACAUAGACGUAAUAGAUAAGGAUAAUGAAAAAGCAGAAGAUAACUCGCAAUUUGACAUUUACUGCUCUGUAGACGAACUUAGGGGAAAAUCGGACGAUUACAAUAAAAAAUUCCAAAGUAAAAAGUACAAUACGGUGGGAUCGAAAGAAAUUCUGCUUCAAAAAAGACUGUCAGGGGAUUUGAGUAAUCAAAAAGUAAAAGAUAAGAUAACUGUUUGGGAGAAAGGAUUACGAGAAUCGAGAACGAAUGAAAUAUACCACAAAAUCCAAAAGAGACGAAUGGAAACGGCGAAAGAAGCAGAAGAAGCUGAGAAGAAACACGAACCUUUGUGGCAAGAACAAGAAAGAAAAGCAAAAGAAGCAGAAGAACAAAUUCGACAAAUUGCUCGUAAAGCAAGGGAAACAUACAAACGUACGUCAUCAAAUUUAGAUAAUAUCGUCGUGUAUGGGGAAUUCAAUUCGGCCGUUCCACCCAACAAGGAUGCAGUUAUACAGUGGUAUAUUAACAUGGAACGGAAGAAUAAUAAAGCUGGACUUGACGAGCAAGGCAAUUACGAACCUUGGUUUCACGGAUUAAUCACGAGAAAUGAAGCAGAAAAAAUUCUGAAUGAUCAACCCGAGGGCUCUUUUUUGAUUCGUCUUUCAGAACGUAUCUGGGGCUAUGCACUAUCUUACAGAGCUGUUGAUAAAUGCAAACAUUACUUGAUAAGUUCCAAAGAAAAAUAUCGAUUCUUGGGAAAAAAUCAUAUCGACCAUGACUCCUUGGGUGAUUUAGUGAAAUAUCAUUACAUCCAUCCGUUAACAGAAGGAGAAAAAUUGAUUUAUGUUUGCAAACGAAAUACUGAUAAUGUACUAGAAAUGUUAACCGCUUGUCGCUCUUAAUUGCUAGUUAAUAUUUUUAUAAUAAAUAAACAAUUAAAUUGUUUUUA